AUGACUGCAGAUGUUCUAAAAGCAUUGCCUCCUGAUGUACGCACUCUAAAACUAACUGGGCAUGUUGGCUUCGACAGUUUGCCAGAUCAAUUAGUCAACAAGGCUAUCAGCCAAGGAUUCGUGUUUAAUAUACUAUGUGUCGGUGAGACUGGAAUUGGAAAGUCCACUUUACUGGAGACUCUAUUUAACCAGAAGUUUGAUUUCAGUCCAUCAACUCAUGAUCUUACAGAUCCCAAGUUAAAAGCUGUGACAUAUGAUCUCAAAGAAGCUAAUGUUAAGCUUAAGUUAACGGUAGUAGAGACUUGUGGGUACGGUGAUCAGAUUAAUAAAGAAAAUAAUAUAAAACCUGUUGUUGAUUAUAUCGAUAAUCAGUUUGAAAACUAUCUACAGGAAGAACUGAAAAUGAAAAGGUCUAUGCAAGCAUUUCAUGACACCAGGGUUCAUGUCUGUCUUUAUUUUAUCGCACCUACUGGACACAGUCUAAAGUCAAUUGAUUUGGUUGCAAUGAAAAAAUUGGAGAACAAAGUUAAUGUCAUCCCUGUAAUAGCAAAAUCAGAUACAAUAACUAAAUCUGAAUUACAAAAGUUUAAAGCAAGAAUCCUCAGUGAAAUACAGUCUAAUGAAAUCGGUAUUUACCAGUUUCCUACUGAUGAUGAAGCUGUUAGUGAAACUAAUAGUGUAAUGAAUCAACACAUCCCAUUCGCUGUUGUGGGUAGCUCAGAAGAAGUUAAAAUCAAUGGAAAAACAGUACGUGUUCGACAGUAUCCAUGGGGUUCAGUUCAAGUAGAAAAUGAAAAUCACUGUGACUUUGUCAGACUUCGAGAGAUGCUAUUACGUGUGAAUAUGGAAGAUUUACGUGAACGUACACAUGGUGUACAUUAUGAAACUUAUCGACGUCAACGCUUAAUCGAAAUGGGAUUUCGUGAUGAUGAGAAAAUGUCACUUCAGGAAACCUAUGAAAAGCGUCGUGAGCUUCAAAGGAAAGAAUUACAACAAAAGGAAGAAGAAAUGAGACAAAUGUUUGUUCAGCGUGUUAAAGAAAAAGAACAAGUUUUAAAAGAAGCAGAGCGUGAGUUGUUUUGUUAAAUAGUAGUACAACCCCCCCUAUACAUUGUUCCAGUUAUAAAUACAAAUCUGUCUCUGCAACACUCGUCCAAUUCCUAGUGGAAUUAAAUCAAGGAAGAACAAAACUUCGUCAGGAAACUUCCAGCAUAUUUUACAGAAUUCAUUAUCUUCGUUACUAUUCUUAAUACUAAGAUAGACUUGUUAACUUCACACUAAUUUCGUAACAUUCUCUCUACAUAGGAAAUUUAUUCAAAAUUAUCGACAUACAGUAGGUAGACUUCUUUGUAAUAAGUCUGUCCUAUCAAAAUAAGUUGACAAAAUAUAAAUCAACUAAGUAUCAAGGAAUGAUGUUGGUCAAUUCAUUUGUAUGAAAUGGUAAAUUGUUAUUAUCGGGUCAUCUUGGUAAUUUUGGAAGUAAAUCAUGAACGUAACUUGAAUUCAACAUUUUAAUCACAACUAUUUGACUGUAUAUUUGAUGUAAUUCAUUAAUAACUGUUUAGUUCUGUUAAAAACAAUCAAUAAAUACGGUGCCGGUUAGGUAUUCUGUAUUUUGAUUGGUCAUUUGGUGAACAUGAUUUCAUAAGGAGGAAUCUGUUACGAAAUGUAUAGCUGAGUUCAUUUGUUUAAUUAAACCUACUGGUGUGGGCUAAUUAGUAUCUUCUUAACCACUAUGUAUGAAAUAAUGGUCUAAUUACCUUUUCAUCUAUGUAAAACAAUCCUUUUUAACGCAUUUUCAUGUCUUACUCCAUUUAUCCAUGUCAUUAGUUCUCUGUAUAUUGUUAAGCCCGAUCGUUGCUGCUACCUUGACGUGGUGGUCGGGCUUGCCUAUCGUGAUGAAGCAAUCGAGCUAUGCUGGCUGGAACAGUCGUUCCUCGAGGUCCUACCAUGCCAGACAGGUCGGUUGAAGAGCGGUGAGACUAAAAGCAGCAAACCCAAGGUCCGAAGG